AUGUGGUCCCAUUUAUGUCUUCUUUCCCUCCUAGGCUCGGCGGUUGCAAAACCGCUCUGGUCAGGCAGUUACGGACUGGCUGCAUCAAACCUUGGCAAAUUGCUCCCUCGCGAGGACGAAUUCUACCCGGAGGACCUUUCCUGGAUCAACAAGCUUGCGGCAAUUGGUGACUCGUACUCAGCUGGUAUUGGCGCCGGUAACAGACUUGGCUCUAUACUCGAUGCAUUAAAUCCCUCAGGUGACUACGCUUGUAGUCGCUACGACCAUUCCUAUCCAUAUUUGAUUAACAACGAUGAGAGAUUGGGUGAUCCAUCAAAGAGAAAAUUCCAGUUUGUGUCAUGUUCUGGAGCAGUGACCAAGGAUGUCCUAGAGAAGCAAAUUCCUUCACUGGAUUCAAAUCAGCAAGCAAUACUACUAUCCAUUGGUGGGAAUGAUGUUGAACUGGUCAAUAUUCUUAACCAGUGCGUCUUCCAGUGGGCCGUGCUCAACGACCAACAGGUCAACAUUGGAAAGAUUGCAAGCGAGUUUGACAAGAAAUUUGAAUGGGCUGCUGGUCUUGACUGGGAUGCUCUCGGUCGUGGAUGCGCUGGACAGCUGAAGCGUACAGCUUCACUGGUUGGAAGUGAUUCGUUCAGUAAAAGCCUGGACUCGGUGCUUGAUGCUGCAAAGAAGAAGCUGGCGAAGGACGGCAUGAUCUAUCUCACUGGGUAUGGGAAAUUCUUCAGCACGAGCAUGACCUCCGAAUGUGACAAAGUGUCUUGGUCAACAUGGAUCUAUAAAGCUUCCAACAUGUUCCAGGCUGAAGCCAAGCUCAGUCAGGCCAAUAGGAAAACCAUGAAUGAUCUUGUUGACAAAGUCAACGACGAAUUGUCGGCUGCAGCGAAGCGUGCUGGGUCAAAUGUCAGAUUUGUGAAUUAUGAUUCGUAUGUUGGUGACUUUAACGGCCGAUACUGUGAGCCUGGUGUGGACGAAAGCACAACUAAGAGUAACUCACGGACUGGACUUAUGUUCUACGAGCUGAACACAUUCGAUCCGCUCGGCACAACUCCUUGGAAGCGUUCUUCAAGUGGACCACUCAACGGCACAUUUGACGGUGCAAUUGACGCCCUUGCUCAGAUUACGCUCUUCGUUGACCCAAGCGCUACCCUGGCUGAGAAGGAUAAAGUUCAAGACAACACGGUCACUGGAUUUUCUGUUCCAGCUAACAGGAAGGUUGCGGAUACCACGAACACGGAGUUGAGUGGAAGAUUCGAGAUUCCUAACAUCCUUCCUGACGGUUAUGGCCGCGUUUUCCAUCCCCAAAUCCUUCUACAUGAAAUAAUUGCGAACCUUGUGAUCUACGAGAUGGCUAGUGAUAACGAGAAGAGCCAUGGAUAUCCUACACUUCCCGAAGUGAUAUCUGUUACAUCUUGCCCUCGAAUCGCCAAACCAACAACCACCACAACGAAGCCCGCUGCCACUCCAACACCGACGGAUCUCACCUGCUGGCCCGAGUCCCGGAGACCCGGUCCUGACUACGGGGCAGUACGCCCAGAUCAAUAUAAGGAGGCAGUUGACAAAGCUUGUGCCGCGUUCAAAAAGCAAAGCGGCCUUAACAACGCUGGAAGAGGCAGUUAUGUCUACCAAUCUAAAGACGGUGACGUACCAUAUUGGUUCAGUGUUGGACCAAAGAAUAGCGAUCAAGGCUGCGACACGAAGAACCUUGUCGAUCCUUUCGGAGACGGCUCAAUUGACUGCAGCAAGAUCCUCAAGGACGACGUAUUUGGAGCUUGUGGGAAUAAUGGCGGACGUGGGGGCCACGUUGACGCUGGCUGUCUGACCUAUGGAUUCGAUGUUUGCAUUGGUGAUUACGCCACAAAUAACCCGAAAUAUCCCUUGCAAGCAGGGUGCUAUUACAGCUCGAGGUCUGCCCCGUGGAUCGUGAAGGAUUAG